UCAAACCACCAAAGCACUGCCACUCAAACAAUGGAGCCCUUAACCAAUGCCACUGCACAUGGGAUCAGUUCAACAGGAAGCGCUAAAACAACUAGCACGGACACAUCAACAACAUCUGAGACACCAGCAAUGACUUCAAUUCAUGCAAACAAUGAUUCCAUUACCACCACUGAUUCCAAUACACAGAAUUACGUAGAGCAAACAUCACACAGCAAUAUAUCCAUUUCUUGGACUGCUGGAACAUUAACUGGUACCCAAAAACCUGAACCAACAUCCAAAUCUUCAACCAACAGUACUGACACGAAGCAGAUGGCAUUUUCUGAAUCGACAACAACAACGAUUGCGACUACGACAAAUACAGGAUCUUCAUUUCCGUCCUCUGAUGUGUCUUCUGGAACAUCAUACUCCACUGCGACAACAACACAACAGCUUCAGUCAUCAGACAAUACUCAAGUGUUCAUCACAUCAAAUCAAUCGACAACUACAACAAUUUCCUCUACAACAACUCGAGACUCAAGUUCAUCCAUCUUCACAACAACCUCAGAACCAAAUCCCCUCACAACUACAAGUACAACCAAGUCUUACCCCGCCAUUCAAGCAACUACACCACUGAAGAACACUUCUCUCAGCGACACUUCUGACUCAACAUCAAACCACCAAAGCACUGCCACUCAAACAAUGGAGCCAUUAACCAAUGCCACUGCACAUGGGAUAAUUUCAACAGGAAGUGCUAAAACAUCUAGCACGGACACAUCAACAACAUCUGAGACACCAGCAAUGACUUCAAUUCAUGCAAACAAUGAUUCCAUUACCACCACUGAUUCCAAUACACAGAAUUACGUAGAGCAAACAUCACACAGCAAUAUAUCCAUUUCUUGGACUGCUGGAACAUUAACUGGUACCCAAAACCCUGAGCCAACAACCGAAACUUCAACCAACAUAUGUGUCACGAAGAAGACGGCAUUUUCUGAAUUGACAACUACAACGAUUGCGACUACAAUAAAUACAGACUCAAGUUCAUCCAUCUUCACAACAACCUCAAAACCAAAUCACAUCACAAACACAAACUCAACAACACUGUUUGAGACCUCAAGCCCUGACAUACCUGUGGAAGUUACAGCUACACCAGAACUCAUCAACCCAGAGCGCUCACAAAGAACUGUAACUGCUUUCAGAGCAUCAACUCUACAUGGAACAUCUACAACAACAGCAACGCUGGUUCCCAACCAUCUGCAAACUCAGGGAACAGUUUCAAGACAAGCAGUGACAUCUGAUUCAAAAUCCACAUCUAUGAACACGCCCUCAAUGUUUCCAACCACUCAGGAAAACCAAAAAACGAACACUCAGACCUCCUUAAACCCAAUUUCUCCACCACCAUCUCCUAUCACAGCCACAAGCAAUGACUCAAAACCCGUCACCACUCCAUUAGCUCAUGAACACAGAGACUCAACUUUGGGGAUAUUAACUCAAACGGGGCUAAACAGGUCUGAUUCAGAAGGUACUACAAUCUCAGACACCUGGUCAAACAACAUAUCUUCAACACCAGCAGGUCUAACAAAGCCACCAUUGUCAAGCAAAACCAGCAUAGACGGAAAUGCAGAUAACUCUGCGAACUCAGUGAAAAGCACCACUGUUUUUGUCUUCAACACUCCCAAAGUACCUGUGUUUAAAACAAUCACCUUUAAUUACCCAUUGGUUAAUCAAGUCACAGUGAUGAAAACAGUUUCAAGACCAUGAAACGGUCAUAUAAACUGAUUUAAAAGCAAAGUGUGUGAGUCAGAGAGCAUAUAUUUGGCUCCUCGACAGAUGUGGAAGAGCCAAAAACAGAAACUUCCAGCUAAACGCAUCUUAAUGGAGACAGAUCUGGAAUAUAAGGAAUGUAGAAGCUGAAAUGUUUUUGUGGUUACUGAACGUCAAGCAGAUCAUAUGACUAAGUGCCACACACCCACAAACAAACAAACAAAGACUGAAACCAAAAUGAGAUGGAAGAACAGGUUUAAUGUUGGUUUAAUUAAGACUAACUUUCAUUUCAACGAUGUAUCAAAUAUAUUAAAGGUUGUACAUAGAAAUAGUGUAUGGUUAUUCUAUUUGUUGUAGUGCCACAGGUUUAAAUUAUGCAAUGUCUAUAAAUGAAAAUCAUCUAUGCAUAUAAACAAUAA